CCCCUCUGGAGGCUGAGGAUCUCAAUCUUGUCAAUAACCCUUCUCCAUUCGGAGCCGAGAUCUGGCCCGUUGUAAUUCCUCGCUCUCCAUCACCGAGCAUCUAUUCGGCAUCGGAACUCCCUCCCAGGCCGGCACAGAUGUCAACGACCAUAUAACACAUCGGCUUCCCUUUCGAAAUCACGCCUUUCCCGGUCUUGACCCCAUAACUUUCUAACUUCCACCCUUUACACCCACCUUCAUUUCAAUUACACUCGACUACACCCUCCUUUCACACUCCCUCCUUGACAACAUGGCUAUCAAGGAGCCUUUGGCCUCAUCGGCCGACUCGCAGAUGACCGGCAUGACGCUGCAGACGGCAGGGCGAGAGGCAGAGAACGACUUCACCGAUAAGUCGUCAGUCACAGAGCAGCCCGAUGCGGAGGCGGCACCGCCAGCUGGCUACAAGAGUGAUGCACCCAAUGGUGGUACAACAGCCUGGCUCGUUGUUCUUGGCGCGUGGUGCACGUCAUUCUGCAGUUUCGGCUGGAUCAACAGUGUCGGAGUCUUCCAGGAGUACUACCAGAACAACAUGCUCAAGGACUACUCUGCCAGUACCAUCUCGUGGAUUCCCUCGCUGCAAAUUUUCUUCAUGAUGGGCAUGGGCCCGAUCAUCGGCAUGGUGUAUGACCGUUAUGGACCUCGUCACCUCAUCCUUGCCGGAACCUUUCUCCACGUCUUCGGUAUCAUGAUGACUUCACUGGGCAAGGAGUACUAUCAGAUCAUGCUUGCCCAGGGUGUCUGCUCUGCUCUGGGAGUCUCUGCCAUCUUCCAGCCUGCCCUCAACACCAUUCACGGCUGGUUCAGCACCAACAGCGGCGCCGCCUUUGGCAUUCUCGCCACCGGCUCCAGUAUCGGCGGUGUCAUCUUCCCCAUCAUGGUCACCCGGCUCAUCGAGCAGGUCGGCUUCGGCUGGGCCAUGCGCAUCUGCGGCUUCCUGAUCCUCGGCCUGCUCAUCAUCGCCAACCUAACCGUGCGCGCGUUCCACCCUCCCCGUCCCCAGAAAAUCACCCCCGAGCAACUCAUGAAGCCUUUCCACGAGCCCGAGUUCGUCUUGCUCAUCAUCGGCUUCUUCCUCUUCACGUACGGCAUCUACGUGCCCAUCAACUACCUCCCCGUCCAGGCACUGGCCGCUGGCAUGGAUACCAACCUGAUCGAGUACCUGAUUCCCAUUCUCAACGCUGCGAGUCUCUUUGGACGUAUCUUCUCCGGCAUCAUGGGCGACCGAGUAGGCCGGUACAACAUCUUCAUCUUGGUCGGCUACCUCACUGCUCUCUGGACGCUUGCGCUCUGGAUCCCCGUCAACAAAACUGCCGGAAUCAUCGCCUUUGCAGCUCUCUUCGGUUUCUGCUCCGGCGCAUACGUGUCGCUCAUCGCGCCUCUGGUCGCACAGAUCUCGCCCAUGCAGGAAAUCGGCUUCCGCACGGGCAUUGUCUUCUUCAUCUCGUCAGUUGGCGGUUUGACUACCAACCCCAUCAACGGAGCCAUCAUCGCCGGCCCAAGCGGAUUGACGGGUAUCAAGAUCUUUGCCGGCGUGUUCUGCUUCGCCGGCACAGUGUUUAUUAUGGCUGCAAGAGUCCAUCGCAUGGGAUGGAGCCUGACGGCGAAGUUCUAGAGCGCGAUCGGAUUGGCAUGGACUCGAAAAUGGCAUGGAUAGACUACAUAGAUUUCUCGCACCUCAACCAACGGCUAGUACAUAUAGACUAUUAAUAGAGACACUGUAGACAGUGUACAUACUCGAGUAUCAUGUCAUCGUUUCGUCUGUGAUUGACAGCGUAGUAAGCGCAGAACAGACGCGUUUCACACAGCGAGUGAUCGGC